UACGUCACUUCCUGGAGACCGGGUGAAUCCGGAAGUGAUCCCCGAGGACCGAGCUGCGGUGGAGAACCCCAGCAGUAAGGCCAGUUUCGGAACCAUGAGCUGGAUUCCUUUCAAGAUUGGGCAGCCCAAGAAACAGAUUGUCCCGAAGACAGUGGAGAGAGACUUUGAAAGGGAGUAUGGAAAGCUGCAGCAGCUGGAAGAGCAGACCAGGAGGCUACAAAAGGACAUGAAGAAGAGUGCCGAUGCCGACCUGGCCAUGUCCAAGUCAGCUGUGAAGGUGUCCUUGGACCUGCUCUCCAACCCCCUCUGUGAGCAAGACCAGGACUUUCUGAACAUGGUGACCGCCCUGGACACAGCCAUGAAGCGGAUGGAUGCCUUCAACCAGGAAAAGGUGAACCAGAUUCAGAAGACAGUGAUUGAACCCUUGAAGAAGUUCGGCAGUGUCUUCCCAAGCCUCAACAUGGCGGUGAAACGGCGGGAGCAGGCCCUGCAGGACUACAGGAGGCUGCAGGCCAAGGUGGAGAAGUAUGAGGAAAAGGAGAAGACAGCGCCAGUGCUGGCCAAACUCCACCAGGCCCGGGAAGAGCUGCGGCCCGUGCGGGAGGACUUUGAGGCCAAGAACAAGCAGCUCCUAGAUGAGAUGCCGAGGUUCUACAACAGUCGGCUCGACUACUUCCAGCCCAGCUUCGAGUCCCUGAUCCGAGCACAGGUGGUCUACUACUCUGAAAUGCACAAGAUCUUUGGAGACCUGAGCCAACAGCUGGACCAGCCUGGCCACUCCGACGAGCAGCGAGAACGGGAGAAUGAGGCUAAACUGAGUGAGCUCAGAGCCCUCUCUAUUGUGGCUGAUGACUGAGCCUGGGACUCGGGAAGACUCCUGGAGCACACGUCGGCCUCUCCAGGCUUUGACCUUGCCCAGCUUGGGCCCAGGCCCCAGCCAUCGAUGGGGCCUUCUCUGGGAGAACUGGGGGGGCUCAAGGCCCCCCGCCCUGCCUCAGCAGCCCUUUGGAAUGAGCCUGGCACCCAGAGCCCCAAACAGGUUGCCAUCUCCCCACCCAUAGCAGGAGCCCCCGGACAGGUUAGCAGCCUAGAACUGCUUUCUUAUUUCCACAACUGCCCCUGGCCCAGCACCAGAGCGGGCUCCCAGCCUGCGAAGGUCAUAGGCUCCGUCAGCUCGCAAGCGGUCCCAGCCAUUUGCAGGGUCGGAUCGUAUCUACCUCCUAAAGACCUGUCCUGGGGAGUCCACCCACCCUUCAGCCUCCCCCUACUCUCCUUCCUGGGAGAGGGUCACGAUACUGCCCUGGAGAAUGAGUGCUGUGGUCCCCCAGCCCUGACUGGCCCUCGCCCAGGUUCCCAGCACCACAGAGGCUCGCUCAGCCCACUUCUAUCCUUUUGGUCAAGGGCAGGGAAGACCCCCCCCCCAGCCUGAAGUUUCCGUAACAACAGGUUGCACCUUGUGCAAAUGUCCUACCACAAAAAUUCACGGGCCAAUUCACGGGCCUCAAAGCCACAGCAGUGGGUUGUGUCUCACCUGGAUAUUUGGAAUUUUAUUUUUUCAAGUAAAGUUUUCAGUAAAUGUU